AUGCUAUCGAUGUGGCGUGGACUCGAUCCUGAUUCACUAUUGUCAAGAAAGUAUAAUGCACGUGCGAUCCUACUGCUGAAGGAGACGAUUGGGACUUCGCCCGAGAACGAAUCUGAUAUAGUGCUGAUCGCAAUCAUCGCCUUGCAGUUUCGGGAGGCUCUGAUUGCUCAUCGGAAGAUGCGCCAAGUAGAUGGGAGUCAUCAAAGAGGCGCGUAUGCCGUGAUCACCCAUAGAAAAGCCAAGGGAUUCCGUAGCCUGGCUUCCAAAAAGCUAUUACAAGAGGUGCGGAAUACCAUGGUAACAGAGGCAAUUCGAACUCAUCAACCCGUCCAUAUCAAUCCCGCCGUGUGGGAAGACGACGACCCUCAGCCAGCCAGCCCAACCAGCGAUCUAGACAGGAUUGCGAUCGAUCUUGCCAAUCUGCAAGCUUUGCAUGAACGAUAUAAAAGCACAGUGAAGGCUGGGUUUGUGAGUGGCCAGAGACUGUUAACUGGGAGAGACCUGAGCAUCAUAGCUUCUUUCAGAAGGGCAGCUACAACCCUUGACCAGCGUUUGCAGAUCUGGGCCAGCUCGCAGCAAUCUUACUUCGCCCCAUGCCGAAUGACAGCAGACGAGAUACCAGAAUGCGUCAAGAAGGCAGGCUUUUAUGGCCACUACUGCAAUGUCUAUCCAACAGUUCAGCUUGCAGGCGUAUGGCAUACUUAUAACUGCUACCGGCUGAUUUUGCUCAAGAUGACGCUGUGUGCUGACCAGACAGUCCAGGGCUCGCGAAGGGAAAAUGAUGUCUUGUUUAAUGAGUCCCCGACAUGGAGGAGGGCUGCGGAACAGACCCUACAGCAUUGCGUUGAUGAAAUUUGCGCAGCAGUACCAUUCCAUCUUGGGAAUCGGUUGGGAGCUGGCUCCAUUCAUGACUUUUCGAAUACCCACAGUAUCGAAUAUCCUUGGCCGGCACUGGGAAAGGAUCCGUAUUCAAACCCGACUCACCCAAAGGCUCUGGAAUACGUGAGAGUGCACAAUGUCAUUCCCUUGAGUAGCGAUGAGCGAAAGCGACAGAACAUCGCCAUGGGUGGGUACAAUAUCAUUGGGCAUAUGGCUUUUGUGCUGGGACUGGCUGGAGAAUCUCUUGAUCUGACAGGCACCUGGAGCAAUGCGCCGAAGCUUGGAUCAUUGCUUCGGCGGGAUCAGAUUCCAUGGCUGGUUGGACAAUGGCACAGAGCCAUGAAGCUCCAUCGUAUGAAGAUACCAGACAGGGUCGGGAAACGGUCUAACACUCUGGCGAUAUCCGAACUGUCUGCGAAGAAGGUUCAGGCUAGUGAGCUAGAGAAGGAGGUUAUUGAAGUGAAGAAAGCAAUGAAAUACUCUUUUGGUGUUUAA